AUGAAGCUUAACAGUAAGAAAUGUAAGGAGAUGACAAUAUCCUUCCUCCAAUACCACCUUCCACUUGAUAAUGCGAUCUAUAUAGAUGGUUCGCCGGUGCAAUCAGUAUCCUCCUUUAAACUGCUCGGUGUGCUACUGAGAGAGGAUCUAUCUUGGUGUGAUCAUGUCGACUAUGUGAUUAAAAAAGCAAAUUCUAGACUCUAUGCAUUGCGGAAGUUAAAAAAGGCUGGGUUAAGCGAUAAAGACCUUGUCACUAUAUAUUCCUCCUUCAUUCGGUCCCGAAUUGAGUACGCUUCACCUGCGUGGUCAACGCUGACCCAAAGCCAGUCUGACCUUAUCGAGUCGAUACAGAGAAGAGCAUUACGUAUCUUGCUUCCCGAAAUGUCGUAUCAAGACGCAUUGAAUUAUACUGGUCUAAAAAAGUUAAGUACGCGUAGACAUAAUUCCUGUGAACAAUUUAUUCGGAAAUUGAAGCUUGACAAUGGUCCUAUAAAUCCUCUUAAGGAUGUUGUUGCAACUCGUAUACAUCCAAAUACUCAUAAUUAUAAUCUUAGGUCCGAAUCAAGCUGGUCACUCCAAACGAACACAGAACGGUUUCAAAAUUUUAUAACUGUCAAAAAUAAUUAUUAA